UUCGGAUUUCCCGGUUUAGUGACAAAGCCCUAGCUAGCUACACUCGGGGAACAGAAAGAACCCUUUGAUGCUCCUCCGUCUCUCGGCUCGCUCUAUCCGUCGUUACACUUCUUCUCACUCACUCUCCGCGUCGUCGUUUUGCACUCUCCCACCAAUGUCAACCAGCCACCCAAAGAACGAGUCCUAUCUCUCCGCCGUCAUCCCCAAGCGCAUCAAGCUCUUCGAGCAGAUCCAAUCCCACCAGCUCGAGAAGCUCAAAUCUCUCCCCCACGACCCAAUCAAGAUUACGUUACCCGAUGGGACCGUGAAAGAAGGGAGGAAGUGGGAGACUACUCCGAUGGACAUCGCCGGGGAGAUUUCGAAGGGGUUGGCUAACUCUGCGUUGAUCUCAUCGGUUAAUGAUGAGCUUUGGGAUAUGAGUAGGCCGUUGGAAGGUGAUUGUAAGCUUGAGUUGUUCAAGUUUGAUAGUGACAAGGGACGGGAUACUCUUUGGCAUUCUAGUGCUCACGUUCUUGGUCAGGCUCUUGAGCAGGAGUAUGGUUGUCAGCUGUGUAUAGGACCGUGUACUACGAGAGGAGAGGGUUUCUACUAUGAUGCGUUUUAUGGUGACUUGGGGCUGAAUGACAAUCACUUCCCUAACAUUGAAGCUGGUGCUGCAAAAGCUGCUAAGGAAGCGCAACCAUUUGAGAGGGUUGAAGUGACGAAAGAUCAGGCGAUUGAGAUGUUUUCUGAUAACAACUUUAAGGUUGAAAUCAUCAAUGAUUUACCUGCCGACAAGACCAUUACUGUCUAUAGAUGUGGUCCUCUUGUUGAUUUGUGUCGUGGACCGCACAUUCCAAACACUUCUUUUGUGAAAGCUUUCAAGUGUUUGAGGGCCUCAUCAGCUUACUGGAGGGGUAGCAAAGACCGUGAGAGCUUGCAGAGGGUUUAUGGGAUAUCUUAUCCAGAUCAGAAACAGCUGAAGAAAUAUCUUCAGUUUCUAGAAGAAGCCAAAAAGUAUGACCACAGACUAUUGGGCCAAAAGCAGGAACUUUUCUUUUGUCAUCCUCUCAGCCCUGGGAGUUGGUUCUUCCUUCCACUCGGCACUCGCGUAUAUAACAAGUUGAUGGAAUUCAUUAAGGAGCAAUAUUGGAAAAGGGGUUACACAGAGGUUAUAACACCAAAUAUGUACAACAUGAAUCUGUGGGAAACUUCUGGACAUGCUGCAAAUUACAAGGAGAAUAUGUUUACUUUUGAUAUUGAGAAGCAAGAGUUCGGGCUCAAACCUAUGAAUUGCCCUGGUCACUGCUUGAUGUUCCAACACAGGGUUCGCUCAUACAGAGAGUUACCGAUUAGACUGGCUGACUUUGGAGUGUUGCACCGCAAUGAGGCAAGUGGAGCACUUAGUGGGCUGACUCGUGUCCGACGGUUCCAGCAGGAUGAUGCACACAUAUUCUGUACAGAGGAUCAGGUUUGUGAUAUUCUUGUGUCUGGCAAUGUUGGACCUCCUUUUCCUCCCUCUUUUGUGGUUAAUGUUUUUUGUUUGCAGGUCACGGAUGAAGUGAAGGCUGUGUUGGAGUUCAUCGACUAUGCUUACAAAAUCUUUGGCUUUACCUAUGAGCUAAAGCUUUCAACGAGGCCAGAAAAGUACCUUGGAGAUUUGGCAACAUGGGAUAAAGCUGAAAAUGAUCUCAAAAUAGCCCUAGAUGCUUUUGGAAAGACAUGGGUGUUGAACGAAGGAGAUGGUGCGUUCUAUGGCCCAAAGAUAGACAUCACAGUUUCUGAUGCGAUGAACAGGAAAUUCCAGUGUGCAACUUUACAGCUUGAUUUUCAACUUCCUGAUCGCUUCAAGCUGGAAUACUCAGCUGACGACGAAGCGAAGAGGCAAAGACCUGUGAUGAUACAUAGAGCCGUCUUGGGAUCUGUGGAGCGUAUGUUUGCCAUAUUGCUGGAGCAUUACAAAGGGAAAUGGCCCUUCUGGCUUAGUCCGCGCCAGGCCAUAGUUUGCCCUAUAUCAAAGAAAUCUGAGGGAUACGCAUUACAGGUGAAGAAACAAAUUCAUGAAGCUGGGUACCAUGUUGAUGCGGACAUAACAGACAGAAAGAUUGAUAAAAAGGUGCGAGAAGCUCAGCUUGCUCAGUACAACUACAUACUUGUAGUUGGUGAAACCGAAGCUGCUACAGGACAGGUGAGUGUUCGGAUAAGAGACAGUGCAGCCCACUCGGUUAAGAGCAUCGAGAAUUUGCUUGAAGAGUUCAAGACCAAGACUUCUGAAUAUCAGUGAGAUCAGACUCUUGCAAGUUCAAGUUUGAUUUGCUUGAAGAGUUUAUCUCUGUCAUCACUAGACCAGAUUUAAAAUUUCGCAACUUGUGAUCUCCUUCAGCGAUUUUGUUUCUCAAUCUAUUGAACCUAACAGCAGCAAAUUUUACAAUGUAAUAAGAUGUUGAUCUAAGAGCUGUUCGUGGCUGCGUCAAUGUUUUCCGUUCACGCUUGUUCGUUUAAUUGACGCGGGUACCUGCGUCUGCGUCUGCGGCCGAACGCUGCGUCAUGUUUCUAACGCCGUAAAAUCCUGCGUCUGCGUCUGUUUUUUGCGUCAACUUAAGCUAAUUACAGUUUUACCCCUAACCUAAUUUAUUAUUUACAAAUAUACCUAAAGUCUAAUAGCCGCAGACGCAGCCUUUCUCCCCAUCGACGCAGCCCUCUUCUCUCGAUCUCAGACGCCUCUCAAGCUCUCUGUCUCGAUCCCGACAUCUCAAGCUCUCUCUCUCGAAGCUCUCUCUUCUCCAUAUAUCUCGAUCUCAAACCCAGCUCUCUCUCUCUCUCGAUCUCUCGAUCUCGAACCCAGCUCUCUCUCUCUCGGUCCAUCUCGAUCUCGAAGCUCUCUUCUCCAUGGCAUCUCAUCUCGAAGCUCUCUCUUCUCCAUAGCAUCUCGAAGCUCUCUUCUCCAUAGCAUCUCGAGCUCGGCCAAACCCAUCUCUUCCUUUUCUCCAUGAGGUAAUUGUCUCUGUUCUAAAGCACUUAAGUGUGGUCCGUGUUCAGCCUUGUCUCAAGUUCUCCGAAGCUUCUUCAUCUCUCACUCUAUCGUAAGGUUCGUCACUCACUCUAGCUAUCAUCCGUAUAGAAUUUGUGUUUGCUUUUUCGCUGUGUGUUUGCUUUGUACAUUUGUGUUUGUACAUUUGUGUUUGUA